AUGCCAAACACUGUUUUUGUUGGUGGAAUUGAUGACAAGAUGGCUGAAGCUGAGAUUAAAAGCUUCUUUGGUAGAUAUGGUUCAGUGAAAGAAGUGAAGAUAAUCACGGAUCAAACUGGUGUCUCCAAAGGCUAUGGAUUUGUUUCAUUUUUUAAUGACGUGGAUGUCCAGAAGAUAGUAGAAUCACAGGUUCAUAUCCAGGGUAAAAAACUGAAGCUGGGCCCUGCAAUCAGAAAACAAAAUUUAUGUGCUUAUCAUGUGCAGCCACGUCGUUUGGUAUUUAAUCCUCCUCCUCCACCACAGUUUCGGAAUGUCUGGAGUAAUCCAAAUGCUGAAAUGUAUCUUCAGCCCCGAGUCACGCCGAAUCCUAUAACUCAGUACGUUCAGUCUGCUGCAAAUCCUGUGACUCCAAACGGGGUCAUCUCCAGAGAGACCAACACCCAGUCUUCAUCAGCUGCAACUAGCCAAGGCUGUGUUUUACCAGAAGGCAGAAUCAUGCCAAACACUGUUUUUGUUGGUGGAAUUGAUGAUAGGAUGGAUGAAACUGAGAUUAAAAGCUUCUUUGGUAGAUAUGGUUCAGUGAAAGAAGUGAAAAUAAUCACGGAUCGAACUGGUGUCUCCAAAGGCUAUGGAUUUGUUUCAUUUUUUAAUGACGUGGAUGUCCAGAAGAUAGUAGAAUCACAGGUACAUAUCCAGGGUAAAAAACUGAAGCUGGGCCCUGCAAUCAGAAAACAAAAUUUACGUGCUUAUCAUGUGCAGCCACGUUGUUUGGUAUUUAAUCCUCCUCCUCCACCACAGUUUCGGAAUGUCUGGAGUAAUCCAAAUGCUGAAACAUAUCGUCAGCCCCGAGUCACGCCGAAUCCUAUAACUCAGUACGUUCAGGCAUAUCCUGCUUAUCCAAAUUCACCAUGUCAGGUCAUCACUGGAUAUCGGGUUCCUGUAUAUUAUUAUCAGGCACAUCCUACUUACCAAAAUUCACCAUGUCAGGUCAUCACUGGAUAUCAGUUGCCUGUAUAUAAUUAUCAGGCAUAUCCUACUUCCCGAAAUUCACCAUAUCAGGUCAUCACUGGAUAUCAGUUGCCUGUAUAUAAUUAUCAGGCAUAUCCUGCUUACCGAAAUUCACCAUAUCAGGUCAUCACUGGGUAUCAGUUGCCUGUAUAUAAUUAUCAGACGUAUCCUACUUACCAAAAUUCACCAUGGCAGGUCAUCACUGUAUAUCAGUUGCCUGUAUAUAAUUAUCAGGCAUAUCCUAUUUACCGAAAUUCAUCAUGGCAGGUCAUCACUGGAUAUCAGUUGCCUGUAUAUAAUUAUCAGGCAUAUUCUACUUAUCCAGAUUCACCAGUUCAGGUCAUCACUGGACAUCAGUUGCCUGUAUAUAAUUUUCAGACAUUUCCUACUUAUCCAUAUUCACCAGUGCAGGUCACCACUGGAUAUCAGUUACCUGUAUAUAAUUAUCAAGCGUAUCCUACUUAUCCAAGUUCACCAGGUCAGGUCAUCACUGGAUACCAGUUGCCUGUAUAUAAUCACCAGAUGCCUUCACAGUGUCCUGUUGAAUAG